CCGCUUUUAGUGGAGGCCGGAGAUUGUGAGAGCGGUAGGGAAGAUGAAGCGACGGGACGAUGGCGGCGGUGGUAGGGAUGAAGGGACGAGCGAAAGCUAUGGGAAGGGUCGCUGGAGGCGGCAGAAGAGGAACGAGCAGCGGUUAGGAGGGAAGGGGCUCUCUCUUGAAGCCUUCGCCAACGCCAAAUCCAGGCCCUCCGGAUACAAUCCCGCCCUUAUAAAAAAGCAAAGAGAGUUCUAUAGGAACGCGAAAUACGUGACUAAGUAUAAGAAGACACAAAAACAACAAAACCUGACGAGUGAUCAUAUGCCAACGACUUCAGAUGAUAAGGAUGCAGAUGAAAUAGAAAAGUUGCAUAUGCAAAGAAAACCAAAGAAGAGGAGUUUGCGGAGCUUGAGAGAAGAAUAUGAGAAGAAGCAUGCAGAAGACGAAAAGGCUAGGAUUGAAAGGGAGGCAAUCAUCCAAGCAAAGAAGAAAGAGAGGGCAAAAGCUGAAGCCAAAAGGAAGGUCCAGAGGGAAAAGAUGUUCAAGAAGACCAAAUCUGGUCAGCCUGUUAUGAAGUACAGAAUUGAGCAGCUCUUAGAAGGUUUAAUAGAAAGUUCUCAAAAGUAGCUACAUUAUUAAGUCUUAAAAGUUGUAGUUUUCUAUUCAAGAUCUGUUUAUAUUAUUAUCCCAUUGGUGAUCAAUGGCUUAUCAUUUGCAAUCACAUGCCGAUCAGAAUGGUCGAGGCUGCCAUAUGCUCAGUUUAUUUUCAA